AUGUUCCUGGGCACAGCAACAGGUGAGGUGGGAAUUAAAGAAGGCAAUGACCAGGCCCUGAGGCCCAUCCAUAAGAAAGGUGCCACCCUCCCCUCCUCCUCACCGUUAUGGAGCACACCUGUGCUCAAUCUGCAGAUGAGGAGCAUGCAGUAUAAAAGGACUAGAGAAGCCAAAUACUCCAUUAGGAAGUGGAGCGAGGAACAUUUCGUCAUAGGAUUCAGAGUCAAUAAGCAUGAACACCUGCCUAGCCAACCCUCCCAGAGACAGGAAGUGUUGGACUCAGGAGGUGGCGUGCUGACUGAAUGGGAGCGUUUGCAUUCGGAGUCGGAGUCCCUCGCUGUUUGGCAUUUCACUUCUUCUUCCCAUGGCCUCAGCAGAUGAGGCAGCAGUUUUCUGUUUUUCUUCUUGCUCACUUGGAAGGAGCAAAUGACCAGCGAGAACUCAAUUAGCAACAUGUCCCUCCAAGCAGGGGGUCCGAGCUGCUGCUUGUUCAGCUGUAUCAGAGAUCAAGCCGGCCUAAGUGAAGUGACAGCAAGUGAGCGGAAAGGGUGCAGGAUGUACAGCUUUAUGGGCGGAGGUUUGUUCUGUGCAGGCGUGGGGAACAUCCUCCUGAUCGUUUCCACAGCAACCGAUUACUGGAUGCAGUAUCGGCAGUCCAGCAACUACAUGCACCAGGGCCUGUGGCGCUACUGUAUGCCGGGAAAAUGCUUCCCACACAACGACAGCAUCGCCCACUUGGACGCCACCCGUGCCCUCAUGAUCCUCUCUCUUUUGGCCUGUUUCAUUGGCAUCAUCAUUGGCAUCAUGGCCUUCAUCCAUUACUCCUCCUUCGACAGAUUUGACAAAACCUUUGCUGCAGGCAUAUUGUUUUUCAUCUCAUGCUUUUUAGUGUUUCUAGCUAUGGCAGUGUACACUGGUGUCACUAUUAACUACUAUGGGAAACGCUAUGGGAACUGGAGGUUCUCCUGGUCCUACAUCAUCGGCUGGGUGUCAGUGGUGCUCACCUUCUUUUCAGGAAUAUUCUAUUUGUGUGCCUAUCGGAUGCAUGAAUGCCCCAGGGGCGCUAACUCUCAUUAG